AUGCAUACGUACAUACGAGAAAACGCAGCGUUUCCUGCGAUUUUUGCGUUUGGAGAUUCGAUACUCGACACAGGUAACAACAACAAUCUCCGAACACUAUCCAAGUGCAAUUUUUUCCCGUACGGAAGAGAUUUUAUCGGCGGAAAAGCUACAGGAAGAUUCGGAAAUGGAAGAGUUUUAUCGGAUAUAAUUGCUGAAGGGUUAGGUAUAAAAGAUCUUUUAGCAGCAUAUCGUGACCCGGACCUUUCGAACAACGACAUUCGCAAUGGUGUAUCUUUUGCGUCCGGCGGUUCUGGACUCGACGAUAUCACUGCUACAUCACAGGGAGUUAUAUGGGUACCAGAACAACUGAACGAUUUCAAAGAUUACAUACAAAAGCUAAACAGUAUCGUUGGGAGCGAAGAGAAGACAAAAGAGAUUAUACUAAAUGCUAUUUUUCUUAUCUCUGCCGGAAAUAACGAUCUUGCCAUCACAUAUUUCUCUACUUCGUCGAGGAGAUUUCAAUACACCGUACCUGCAUACACAGAUCAAAUGAUCACUUGGACCCGCUCUUUCUUACAGAAUCUCUAUGAUUUGGGAGCAAGGAAAUUCGCGGUUCUUGGAACGUUACCGUUGGGAUGCUUACCAGGAGCGAGAAAUAGCUUUGGAGGGAUAUUAAAAUUGUGCCUCAACUAUAUAAACGAAGCUGCCGAUAUGUUCAACGAAAAGUUAUCAUUCGAACUUAACAAACUAAACACAACUCUCAUUGGUGCAAAGUUCGUCUACGUGGAUAUGUACCAUCCUCUUCUUGAUUUUGUCAACAAUCCUCAAAAAGAUGGGUUUAUCAACGUGGCUGAUGGCUGUUGUUGUAUGUCUACUGUUCCAACACCGUGCAUGGAUGCGUCUCAAUACGUUUUCUGGGACUAUGGCCACCCGACCGAGAAAUCUCACAAGACGAUUGCCCCGAGAAUCGUAGAGGAAAUCAAAGGCAGCCUCGGGUUUAUCGAUGUGGCUGGUGGGUGUUGUUGUAUGGCUACAUCUCCAAUAUUGUGCAUGGAUGCAUCUCAAUACAUUUUCUGGGACAUUGGUCAUCCGACCGAGAAAUCUUACAAGACGAUUGCCCCGAGAAUCGUAGAGAAAAUCCAACGCAAUCUUGCUUGA